AUGAUUAUUAAGGGCAUAAAUGUAGUAGUAACAGUUAAGAAUGGAGUAAAAUAUCAAGGUCUCUUUCAUGCGGCUCAUACGGAGGGCGAAUUAGGCGUCAUCUUAAAAUUAGCACGAAAAGUGGUAUCCAAACAAGAAGAAAAAAAUACGCAAAACCGUGUAAUACCUGUAUUUAUUUUACCACAUAAAGAAGUAAUGGAGAUUCAUGCAUGCGGGGUGGAUUUUUCGGCGUCUUUGGAUAAACCACUUAAUGAGCGUGAAGGGUUCAGGACUGACGCUGAUAUCAGUGGUCGAACUGAGAUUCGAGAGCGUGAACUUCAUAAAUGGGCUUCGGAAGAGUCGGGAGAGAUUAUGAAAGGUUUAGAAGAUGAUAUAAAUCCAGAAUCUGGCGACGCAAGCUGGGAUCAAUUUGCUGCGAAUGAGAAAUUGUUUGGAAUAAAGACUGAUUUCAAUGAAGAAUUAUAUACAACAAAGUUGGACAGAUCAAGGGCAGACUUUAAGGAGCGUGAAAGACAGGCUAUAGCUAUCGCUAAUGAGAUUACAAGGACAUCUACAAAUAACAUUCAUGUGCUCGAAGAACGUGGCUUCCUGGUAGAGGAUAAUCAAUUGGAUGAAGAAGAAAGGUACGGUGCGGUCAUGAGAAACAGGGAUCCGAGUAAAUAUAUGCCUCCAGCACUGCGAAAAAUACAAGAACAACAGCAAUUGCAGCAACAAGGAACCGCUCCCGCUGCAAAAAAAUCAGAGACAGCAAAAGAACCUACCAAGGAAAUUAAAUCUAAAACUACUGAAGAACCCCAAAAUAUAAAACCAAUGCCUCCUUCGGCGGCUCCAGUUCCUUCACCUUCCUUGCCAAAAGCCAACCCAUUCCCGCCUUUGCCGAUGGUCCCCUUUAGGGUUGAAACUGAUGCAACAUCAUUGAAUCCUCACACUGCUAAGAAACCGGAUACUGAUGUGGAUGGCAGACCUAUAGAAGCAUUAAUUGCGAAGUCAUUCAGCAAAUUCGUCAACCAUGAAAAAGAACGCCUCCAACAAAGGAAACAAGCCAUAGUCAAAAAGGAUAUGGAUGGUAAAGUGGCCGAACUACUUAAAUGGAGACAAAACUUUAAGCUGAAUUCGCCAAUUCCAGAUGAUCUUAUUCCAAUUCUAACAAAGGACGACGAAAAACGUCAACAGCUGGCUGCAAAAUCAGCGGCGGCAAUGUCUGAAAAAGAGAGCGAAAAAGACAAAGAAAAAAUAAAAGAUAAGGAAAAGGAGAAACAAGAGUCUGAAAAGGGAAAAGAUAAGGAAGACGAUAAACCAAAAAAAGAGAAACCCAACUCGGCUUCAAAUGUGGAUACAAAAACGGAAAUUUCAAAACCAAUAAUUAAGAUUGAAGAGGAUAAACCGCAAUCGAACGGAGAGUCGAAGUCCACUCCCGAAAAAGUUACAUCAGACAAACCCAUUUCCGCUGCUGAUAAAGCACCACCACAACAUCCUUCUUCCAGAAAUCUCGUAACAACACCGACAAACACGCAAUUCAAAUUGAAUGCAAAAGCGUCCGAAUGGAAACCCAAUCCUAAUGCAGCAAGUUUCACUCCGACCCCAAAUACUACUAGUGAUAAAAGAUCACCUAGCUCUUUAAAGAAAAAUUCUGCGUCGUUAAAAGAUGGAUUUAGUCCCUUUAAGAAAGGGAAAUCUCCAGAUAAUCCUAAUUCAAUUAUCACUACUAAUUUCGAAGAAGAUCUUUAUGCUCAAGCAUCCGUGAAUCAAGGAUUCGGAUUAGCGGCUUAUCACGUUAUGCCCUCCUAUCGAUUCACCGGAACCCAAUUUGUCGGUGUUCCGCCUAUGCCAAUGCAACAGACAACUCCAAUGCAAUACGUGCCUGGCAACAUUUUGGUUCCCAAGGAUUCCCUUCACCUGGUCGUACACCGAUGUUUAUUCGUCCUUAAAUCCUCAAAACAUAGUCAUAGACUUUUAAUUGAUAAUCAACAGGGAUACCACCCAUGA